UGUAAUACCAUUUCGGUGACUCAUCGGCGCAAAGCGGUGCAAGGGAUCGCAAAAAACUCAUCAGAAGGAAAAAACCGAACUGUUCCAGGGCUGGGGAGCGAGCGAGAGACACAGAGAGAGAGAGAGGUGUUACAACAAAGCGCGGUAUUAAAGACAAGCGCAGAAAAAAGUUAGAGAUUUUUUUCCCUCCAUCUGGUGGAACUGAUACAAAAUACGAGGUCUGAAAAGGAGGGGAUAACAUAAGUAUCCUCGACCGACCACUAUCCCUUUCCCCAAUAGUAUUCCCCGUGGAUCAUGUACCAGGAUUACUCCGGGAACUACGACACGUCCUCCCGAGGCAGCAGCGCGUCUCCGGCCCAGCCUGAGAACUUCACCAGCGGCGACUGUACCAUCGGCAGCCCCAUCUCGUCCUCUAGCUACCAGAAGUACCGUGUAGACAUGCCAGGCUCCAGCAGUGCCUUCAUCCCCACCAUCAACGCUAUCACCACCAGUCAGGACCUGCAGUGGAUGGUCCAGCCCACAGUCAUCACAUCUAUGUCCAGCCCAUAUGCCCGCUCUCACCCCUACACACUGCCGGGCACCAGCCACCCUGGCUCCACUGCUCACAACGCCCUCGCCAGGCCAGGAGUCAUCCACUCCAUCGGAGACACGAGGGGCCGCCGCAAGAGAGAUGAGCAGCUAACCCCAGAGGAGGAGGAGAAAAGGAGGAUCCGACGGGAACGGAACAAGCUGGCUGCCGCUAAGUGUCGCAACAGACGCAGGGAGCUGACCGAGCAGCUCCAGGAUGAGACAGAGAUGCUGGAGGAGGAGAAGGCAGAUCUGCAGAAGGAGAUUGAGACCCUGCAGAAGGAGAAGGACAAGCUGGAGUUCAUGCUGGUGGCGCACAACCCAGUGUGCAAGCUGCCUCCUGACCAGCGCCACUCCCAGACCCAGCAGUCAGCCCCCCUCUCCCUGGCAGUGCGGUCCCGACAGGGAACCCUAAUCCCGGUGGUGGUGAAGCAGGAGCCCCUGGAUGAGCCGGCCGAACUGGCCAGACCCUCGCUGGACCACUCGCAACGCUCUGUCAUCAAACCCAUCGGCCCGGGAGGAGGGAUGGGCUUGUACUUCUCUGAGGCAGACAGCCUCAACACUCCUGUCUUGGUGACGUCGACCCCCGCGGCCACCCCUAACGCAUCCAGCCUCAUCUUCACCUACCCCAGCAUGUUGGAGCAAGAGAGCCCGUCCUCCCCUUCCGAGUCCUGCUCCAAGGCCCAUCGCCAGAGCAGCAGCAGUGGAGACCAGUCCUCAGACUCCUUGAACUCGCCCACCCUGCUCGCACUCUAAAACUGGCCACUCAAAGACAGAAGAUGAGGGGAGGAAGAAGUGAUGGGGAAUAUGAUGUUGCUUUGAACUGUUUUCCCCAGUCUAGACCAAAAUGGAAACUACUAUCUAUAAAUAAUGACAUAAAUGAUUUAAAUAAGUUAAUGUUAUUGGCAUAGUCUCCCCAAAGCAAUCCUGGACAUCCAGACUUUUUUCAGAGACUUUUUAAGGGCUAUUGAUGAUGUGUUUUUUUCCUUCUUCAAAAAAAGCUGAAAGCUGCUAUAACAGGGGCUGCACUUUGUGUUCAGUAAAAAGGGUUGAACCGGACAAUUUAAUUAGCCCAGUCUCUGUUAAAGGGGGUUGCUAAACACGUAAACCGCGUCAAUGCAAGACUGGAAGGUUGCUCGUAGUGUUUGUAAAUUUAAGUUUAAGUACUUCUAUAUACCUUUUGUAUGUUUAAAGUUAGAGAAGAUAAGAACUUUGCAAUAAUAUUUUUUGUACUCCUCGCUGGAUUCUUAUUGUUGAGGGCAGAAAAUAAUGAAAUAGAUGAAUAAAUACAAUACAAAAAAAAAAAAGAAACAUCCCUACUAAGUGUUUUAUUGCAGUGAUUCUUAUGAAAAUGCACUUACUUUUAUUCUUUUCAAAGUUUCAAAUUAUAAGUUAUAUAUCUCAAGUUGUAUACACAACAUAACUGAAGACAUGCAUCCUGUUUUAGGACGUUUGAGACGCAAAGGAUUUGAAGCUUGGGGUUUAAGUUGCUGGAAUACAAACUCUCUUGAAAGAUCUCGUUUCAAACACAGCGGUUGCAUACCCGUCAAUAACCCUGGGCUGGAAUAGUUAUAUAUUUAUAUGGCAAUCUUUCCAUGAUCACAUCAGCAGGUACUGAAAAUCUGCUUGAGCAUCUGGAGACUCUUUUUGCCUCUGAUUCUCAAUGAAGGAGGCUGUGGACUAUAAUAUCAAAUUAUUUCCUAAAUAGCAUUCCUUUUGCUGUAUUGACUUGUGUGAUUCUUGUAAAUGCAGACUCACUUUUAGUUCUGUGGCUCUGACAUUUGUCCCAUGUUUUACUCUUAACUUUUCCCUUGAAGUUUCCUAAAGAAAAAGCACAACACAGUUUAAUAAAGCACGGUGAAAGCAUGGUAAAGCACAGGUAAGCCUUGUAAAGCUCAGAGGUAUGGUAAAGCAUAUUUAAAAAAAAAAAAAAAAAAACUCGGAAAACUAUGGUUAAUGCAGAUAACAAUGGGAAAACUGCAUAACCAUGAGUAGCUCACCUGGUUAAAGUACAGCUGUGUGGUGAGCAGGUUGAGUCAUACCGCGCAGUUUUGCAUCCUGGCUGUGCAAAGUCGCCGGUCUGCGCUGGGGUUUCCGAAGGGAGCAUCGCAUUGGCUCUGGCACUCCUAUGGGUUAGGAAGGCAAAACUGGCAGGGAUUGUUUCUCAUUGCAUGACAGCAUACUCUCGUGACCAGGGAAUUGCUGUGGUGAGGGCAAAACAUAAUUAGGUGCACUAAAUUAAAACAAUAAUAAAUUUAUAAUAUCUAUCGUGGUAAACUUCUAUAUGGGUUUACCCUCUUAUAAUGUUCUGGGAAAGUUCUUGUGGAAAUCUCAAAGAAUAUUGCAUAUCUGACUAAUUAUUUUCAGAUGGGUGCAAUCAGGGAGGGGGAAUAUAAAGCCACUUUAGCAAGCACAGGGAAGAUCAAUACUUGAUGUUUGCACUGGCAAAGAGUUCAGACUAGGAGACUGAACUAAUCUAAAACACCAGAACCCAGGCGAACAGAGGGAAUGACAGUGUAAUAAUGAUAGGAUUAUAAUAACAGGCGUCACUGUGUUCUACAGAAGUAAUGCCCAAAUUACCAUUUUCUUAAUAUCAUUUUUCUUUAAAAUGGCUACUGACACAGACCCACACAACAAAUUCAAUGCUUGCAGCUGUUGCUUAAACACUGGAAUUAAGUAUAUCCGAAUAUAUUGGGUCCAGUCUUUGUUUAUAUUCGUGAUUUGUUUGGUGUACUGAUCGUAAUCUGUACCAUACUAAUAAUGCUAUGUGUAAUGAUUACUAAUAUUUAGAUUUAGAUUCACCUGUGUGGAAUUCAGCAUGCAACUGGUGACCCCACACACUGCAAGAGAGCAUCUUAAUCACAAUACGAAAGAGCAAGGCUUGUUUGCAUUCGUGGUUAUAAAGCUUUAAACCUCAUCUCAUCUCGCCGAAAGGGGACAGAAUCCGUAUAUGUGUGUGUUUAAUAUGUUCAUAUCCUGUACUGGGAAUCCAAUGUGCCAAAAAAGAAUUCAACAGCCUGGAAACAGUUAAGCCAGUACUUGAAAAAAGGAGCUGGCUGGUUUUACACAGGAAUUACACAGGAAGGAGUUUAAUAUGUUAACAGUGAACAUUCAAGGGGCACUGCAUGUUCAACAGAUGGCAUUCUUUAAUUGUUUUUUUUAUGCCUACAUCAAAAUUGCAUUGUUCAGUACAGAUGUUAAAUUGGUCCUGUGUUUGUAGAUUAAUUAGUCUGUUUUAAGAUCUUUUUUUCCAGCGGACUUGGUUGACAACAAAUCAAAAAUCUGUUCUUGUUUGUUUUUUUUGUUAUGUUUUUUUUUAAAUAAAUGUUGAAAAGCA